UUAUCUCUGGUUGUUAUGUGAACUGUUACAAUAGCGAUUAGUAUUGAGUUUGAGUGAAGAUGGCGAAGAGGCUGGAUAUAAUUAUUUUUGGUGCCACUGGCUACACUGGUAAAGUGGCUGUGGAAAAGAUUCUGACUCUGGCCAACAGUAGUGAUAGCCUAACCUGGGGGAUUGCUGGACGCAACGAAGCCAAGCUGAAGGAAGUACUGAAAGAAGUGGGCGAAAAGAUUGGCAAGGAUCUGAGCAAAAUAGAUAUAUUUGUUGCCAGUGUUGACGAUGAUUUGUCAAUGAAGAACAUGACCAGGCAGUGCAAAGUGCUGGUAAACUGUGUCGGUCCAUACCGGCAUUGUGGAGAACAGGCGGUCAAAUCCUGCAUAGAAACCGGAACGCACCAUGUGGACGUCAGUGGCGAGCCUGAGUACAUGGAGCGCAUGCAGCUUCUGUACCACAAGCAAGCAGAGGAGAAGGGCAUCUACAUUGUCAGUGCGUGUGGCUUUGACAGCAUUCCAGCAGAAAUCGGCUGUCUGCACUUUAUGCAGCAGUUUGAAGGGGAUGUCUGCUCAGUGGAGUCGUUCCUGCAGAUGAGAAACAAGAAGAAGCAACAGGGCCCCGCCAUUAACUACGCAACCUGGGAAUGCAUGGUGCAUGGACUGGCGAACGCCAAGGACUUGCGUCCCAUCAGGAAGCAGCUCUUUCCCAACCGACCACCGGUGUUGACCCCGAAGCAGAAGCCACGGGGCAGCGUCUUCAGCAAUCCUGUCGGUGAUGGGUGGUGCAUGCCUUUCCUGGGCUCUGACCAGUCUGUGAUGCGUCGCUCGCAGUACCACUUUAAUAGUGAGAAGGGCUGGCGUCCGGUGCAGGUCCAGUGCUACUUUUCAGUUGCCUCGUUCUCCACCGUCUUGACCUGCAUAAUAAUCGGAUUUCUCUUCAGCAUUCUAACCAAGUACAAAUGGGGUCAGAACCUACUGCUGAAGCACCCCAAGUUGUUCAGCUUUGGCUUUGUUGGCGCUAAGGGAGAAGGACCUAACGAGGAAAGCCGAAAGAAUACGGAAUUCAACAUCACUUUUGUUGGCGAUGGCUGGAGCGCAAAGAAAACUGAAGGGCAGCAACAAACAACUCUACCGGACACUAGAGUCACGACUAGAAUUUCAGGCAUGGAUCCAGCAUAUGGAUUAGCAGCAAUCGGCGUUUUGGUGUGUGCUACCACAAUUCUGAAGGAAGCAAACAGUAUGCCUGGAAGAGGUGGCGUGUAUCCACCUGGGGCAGCAUUUAUUGAUACAUCUCUCAUGGCAGAGCUACAAGCAAAUGGUGUCAAAUUUGAAGUUGUCGAGAAGAAAAAGCUCCCAAAUAAUAAACUGUGAUGAGACUACAUUA